AAUCAGAGACCUCGCCGCGUCAGCCAUUGCGUCUUGCUGAGCCAAAGGCCUAGGAUACGUUUGAAAGAACGAAAUUUACCCCUCUAGACGCUUUUAGACCGAUAGCAAGGUGAUAAAAAAUACCUCAGGUCGGUCCGAGUGCAUCGUGUAAACGAAAGUGAAUUGAAAGGCUCGUAAAACCGAGUUUUUGACCAAUAAAGGAACAAGCGGAAGUAUCUAUAAGGUUCAUUCAUGGCUGAAGGACGAGCUCCUCAAGAUGUGGAAAUGGCGAAUGACCCCUCAAAUACGCCACAAUCGGAGCCGAUAGCGGCAAACCAGGUACGAAAUGAUGCUGGGGGAUUUGUAUGGCAAGUUGAUGACUUAGAGCGGUUUCGACGCUUCCUUGUACUUGGAAGCGAAGGCGGAACGUACUACGCGACGCAGCAACAACUUGGGCAACAGAACGCUCAAGCUUUAAUGCGACUUAUCGCCGAAGGAAGGGGUCCCGAAGCCGUUAAAAUCAUUGUCAAAUACAGUACUGAGGGUCGCACAGCUAAGCAAGACCCGAUAAUCCUGUCUUUGGCUUUGUGUGCUCGAUCGAAGCACAUGGAGACCAAAAGGGCUGCUUAUGCUGCCCUUGGCCAGGUGUUACGAAUUCCAACUCACCUCUUUAAUUUCGUCGAGAUCUGCGAGACCCUAAGCCAACCAUCGACUGGCUGGGGCCGAGCACAUCGGAAAGCAAUUCAACAAUGGUACAAUGGAAAGAAGCCACGUGGCCUUGCAAUGGCCGUAACCAAGUAUAAACAGCGUAAUGGCUGGUCACAUCGGGACGUUUUUAGACUUUGCCACGUGAAACCCACAGAUCCAGCUAUUCAGUUCGUUGUGAAGUACGUGAUUAAAGGAUUUGAAGCGGUGAAAGAAGAUGCAGGGAAGGCUGGAGUUAGCCAGGAUAUUACCUCCGUGUACACCUUUUUAGAAGCGGUAGAAGAAGCCAAGACAUUGGGUGAAGACGAAUUGGUCAGCGCCAUUCGAAAGCAUGGGAUGGUGAGGGAACAUAUUCCCACAAACCAUCUUAACUCCAGCCAGAUUUGGGAAGCACUCCUUGAUAAAAUGCCUAUGACAGCCAUGAUCAGAAAUCUUGGGAAAAUGACAAGUGUUGGUGUGUUAGGCCCCUUAUCAGAUGGAAUGACAAAAGUCUGUGAUAGGUUGAGGGAUGAGAUGAGUCUCAAAGAUGCUCGCGUUCACCCAUUUUCCAUUCUGUUGGCUCUGAAGCAGUAUCAAGCAGGUCAAGGAGACAAAGGAAAGCUUACUUGGCAACCAAAUCAAGCUAUUGUGUCAGCUUUGGAUGAGGCAUUUUACAUUGCAUUUAAGACUGUCGAGCCCACCAAUAAGAGAUAUCUUCUGGCUAUUGAUGUCAGUGGCUCAAUGUCUUGGGGGAAUUGUAAUGGUACAACCAUCACCCCAAGGGUUGCAUCUGCUGCCAUGGCAAUGCUAACAGCCCGGACAGAGCCACAGUAUCAUUUUGUGGGCUUUUCCCAUCAAUUGAUGCCUCUGAAUAUUAACUCCACUCAGAGGCUUGACACAGUUUUAAGAGUCAUUGAACAGGUUCCCAUGGGAGGUACUGACUGUGCACAGCCUAUGUUAUAUGCUAAAGAAAAGAACCUUAAGGUUGAUGUCUUUAUUAUUUACACUGACUGUGAAACAUGGGCAGGACCAGUGCACCCCAGUGAGGCCCUUAAGCAAUACAGGGUUCAUUCUGGUAUUGAUGCUAAGCUCAUUGUCUGUGCAAUGACAUCCAAUGGAUUUACUUUGGCUGAUCCAAAUGACAAAGGAAUGCUUGACAUGGCUGGGUUUGAUUCUGCAGCUCCUGACAUCAUCAGACAGUUCGUGUUGGGUUUCUAAACACUAAUUUGUAGCCAGUGCAAGUGCCUAUAUAUUUAAAAAGUAAUUUAGAUCUAGAUUUUUCAGUCCAACCUUUAAAUUGGGACAGGUGAGUGUUAUUUUGAGCAAUUUUUAUCAACAGUUUGCUUUAGACUGUAGAUUGUACUACCAUAAUGGUAGAUUUAUAAGUGUAUUUCAUAUGCAUUCAACAUAUUCAUGGAACUUGUAUAACUAUGUGAUUUGAUAUUCCUUGCAUUAUAUUCUUUGGUAUAAUUAGCAAUAAAGUACGACUGCAAUGUUGACCAACUUAACAGGCCAGUCCUAAGAUGUAGAGCCUUAAUCUUACAUUUACUGUAUUGUUUGUUGAACACUUAACUUCUAACAUUUUCUUCACUUGAAUAAUAACAAAGGCUUGAUAAGAGUGUUAGAUAUUGAAAUCCCCCCCCAGAGCAGCAAAGCUCAAACUGAUUAAUAGCUUAUUUCAUUCUUAGUCAUUCUUUAUUUUUGCAUAGAACAGGAUGUGCCGGUCAUGAGAUUUGGGACAGCAACUUUAAAGAUGCUCUCAGAGCACUCUUUAUCAUUAUUACCCCAAGUAAUGUAAAAAAGGAUAGUUGAUACUGUUUGUUCACAUCUACUCCUUCGGAACUAUUGUCAAGAUCACCUUAACUUUUACAGGCAAUUGUAGUUGUAGAGAGGAUUGAGCAUAGCAUCAUUAUGAUGCAGUGGAGGUCAAUGAAAGCUCAAAUCAAUAAAAGGUUCACUUAAGCAUG